AUGAGUAUACAAGAAUUCUUUCGAGGGCGUAAUGUCUUCAUUACAGGCGCGACCGGAUUCAUGGGCAAAGUAUUAGUCGAAAAAUUGGCUCGAUCAUGUCCGGGUAUUGGGAAAAUUUGCAUAUUGGUGAGACACAAAAAAGGAAAAGACCUGAACCAUAGAAUCAAGGAAAUCUUGGACGUUCCAGUAUGCAAUCAUUUAUUAUUCAGUUUACAAUACUAUCUAACUAUGUAUUAUUUGUGUGCAUACAUAUUUUGUUCAUUAUAAUUUAUUAUUUAUAUUGUAUCAAAAAAUCAACGACAUAUUAUUCGUAUAAUCAUAUAAUAACAUAGUAUUACAUAAUAUGAUGCAUACGAAGGUUAUUAUAGUAUUUUAUUUUAUAUAAAGAAACUUCUAAGUGACUGCGAUAGUGCGGUAGUAUUCAAUGGUGAACACUGUUAAUAUUAUUAUGUUUUGUGCUUUAACCCGAGCGUUUGGAGAAGAAGAAACAAGUUUUUCGACAUAUUAUUAUAUGUAAUUCAUAAAAAUGGUGAAAUUCGAAUUAUUUUCUUCUUUAUUGUGGAGCGAUAAUUAAACUGCUAUUCUCCAUAUAAAUUAUAAACCGCAGUGAAUUGCAAACCAUGUAAUAACCAGUAUUUUACCAAGUAAACUUAGUGAAGAUUUCAAUAGGUAAUUAUAUAAUGUGAUUAUUUUAAACAUGCAAUGUUCGAAAUCGACUGUUUUUAUACAAAACGGGGGUAAUAGUUUAAAUGCCUACUCGUAUGUUUGUCGACGUAAUCAUAUUCGGACUUUUAAAAUAAUCCAUUGUUCACAAUAUUUAGCUUGUGUAUUGAUUUUAUCACUAUUUCUUUGUUAUUCUUGUUUAUUCAAUUUUUUGUUUGUUUAUACACAGUGCUUAAUAACGUACCUACGGAUAGCUAUCACAAUUAUAAUAUACAAAUAUUUUCCGCCCAUUUUUUUAUUUUAUAGAUCAUUAAUUUAAUUUCAAAGUUAUCUUGGAUGCCGUUAUAUUACUGCAACGAUAUUCUAGUUCUUCUUCUCGUCUUUAAUCAAUCACCCGAUUGGUUUGCUGUAGAUCACUGUGCCGAUUUUGACGCUUUUCGUUAAACUAUCAUGACGCAAUGAAUGCCCUAUCAUUUUGUCCCUUCUAUUUUUAAUAAUAUGUUUCGUUUUUCUUUCAUUUUGUUCAGUACUUCUCGGUUUGUGACUUUUUUUCGAUUUUUCAAUAGUUAAGUCGUUGAGUGGUGCAAUUAAAUCUAUGAUUAUCAAUUGUUACAAUAUACAAAUAACCUAUUGCAAGAACAUAAAUAAGCACGAUUUUAAGUACCUAUAAAUUAUGUAACUGUUAUUUAUGCUACACAUACAAUAUAAUCGUGUGAAAAGUGUAAACAUUCGUGUGAAAGUUGCCCAUAAAUCAGUUGCACUAUUUUAUACCUUUACUCUCAUAUACAAAAUCAUUGUCUCAUAAAAAGUAAAUUGUAGUUGUAUAUGAUAGGUGUAUAGGAAAUAAUAUGGGUAGGCACAUAGUCUAGGGACUGGAAACUCACCCGAUAUUGCGCAACUCGGCAAAAUCGUUUUAUUAUUGUUGUUGGUAUAUUGUUACCUAUACGACGCGACGUUGAAAGAAAUAAUUUAUUCAUAGCAUUUGAAAAACGAAAUUUAACAUAUUUCACCAUAAUACGAGUAUUUAUCCAAGAAUUUCGCAAUAUAAUUUUAUCGUUAAAUAAAUAUUGUGAUAUGACGCGUAAUGUGAUUAAAUUCAGUUUCACCAUUGAAAAAAACUAUUAAUACAACAAUAAAACUUGGUAUAUAUUUUACAACAAUACGAUAAAAAAGCAUGAGUACUAUACUACGAUGUUUGCAUGGGCACCUGAAGAGGGGUAAGGCGGGGUAUCUGCCUUCUCUGGACUUCAAAAUUUAAAAUAUAAUUUUAUUGUAAGUACUUUUUGGUGUUUGGUUUUAUUAUGCACCUCCCUCAUAAAUUUCCCGUGGACGUCCAUGAGAGUUUGACGGGAGUAAAUAUCCCCAUUGCUUUCUUCUCCAAGAUCUACCACGGAUUUGCUUACAUAGGUAUUGUUUUUAAUCUUUCGUUAGAUUAAGAAUUUAUUCAACGAAAAUAAAAAAUAUAAUAUAAUAUCGACGUUUUAUUUUAAUAAUUGUAUAUGAUGGUAUCUAAACAUAUUUAAUAUUCACCAGCUUGUAUAUUAUUGAUUUUAAAAUAUUUUCCGUGUACAGCUUUUCGAUACAAUCAAAGAACAAAAGCCGGGUUUGAUGGAGGAAAAAUUAUUGCCACUAAAAGGCGACAUGACCGAAUUACGACUCGGCUUGUCAGAUGAAGAUUAUGAUUUUUUGGUGAAAAACGUUUCGGUAAUAUUUCACGUGGCCGCCAGUGUCCGAUUCGACGAGUCGAUAAAAGACGCGACUAUUAUGAAUGUUAGAGGAACACGUGAAGUCGUUCAAUUGGCAAAACAAGUAGACAAUUUAGCAGUAAGUCGACUUUGCAUUUUACUUGUAUUAUGCACUUUAUUAUUAUGGUGUUUAAUAUAAACGUUUCAAGUCAAAUACUUUUACAUCUGUUAUCAUAUGUCUAGAUACGACAAACAACAGCAUCAUAUAUGACAUCGAAUUUAAUAAUAGAAAAUUUAUAAACCGAUUUCAAAAAGAAAAAAAAAAGAUUAAAAUAAAGAAAAUAUAAUAAACUUAAAACAUCAAAUGUUCUAAAAUAGUUGAAGACAAAGUUUAAAAUCCGUUGACUAGGGCGCCUUUGAAUGUAAUUUGUUAAACAUUACUACGUUUCAAUGUUUAAUAUUAUUAAUUUGGCGCCGACUUCCACAGAUUUUAUAGAAUCUUAAAAUCUAUUAUUAUGUUCAACUUCUUAGAACUUUUUAUGCAUUAAGCCGAUUGUGUUAUUUUAUUUGAAUUAUUUUUGUUUUUGAAAUAGCUUUUUUUAAAACAAAAUUAUUAAUUUUAAUCUUUUUAGUUUUUAGUGAUUUCGUUACAUUAUUAUUAUUAAAACGUAAUUUCAUAUGAAUUACUCCUUUUAGGCAAACAACAAUACACGUUGACAUCUAUAUUAUCUAUUUUUAAUCGCAUAUUCGAAGUAAAUGUUAAUCAUAUUUUAAUCAAAUUUCAUAAGACCGCCCGUGAAUUAUAUUCUUUCAACAGAAGAAUAUCGUCCAAAUUGAUUCAUAAUAUGUAUCCGAAUUAUGAGAUAUGUACAUAACACGCGUGAAGUUUUUAUAUUAAAAAAAAAUAUAUAUAUAUAUAUACAUAACAUAUUCAUAUAUACAUACCUACAUUUUAUAAUAUUACGCGUUAAGCGACAUUGUUUAUUAUAUUGUUAUUAUUAUAAUGUAGAUGAUAGUAUCUGAUGAUGAUAAUGAAUAAAUGAAAAGGAAAUAAUUUGUUCGCUAAAAAUUAAUAUUAAAUGUUCACGUAAAAUGUUGUAGGUGCUGUUACACGUAUCGACUGCGUAUUGUAAUUGUAUAAGAGAAAACGUCAAAGAAAAAAUUUACGAGGCUCCAAUUGGAUGGCGAGAGAUGAUUACAAUAGCAGAAAAUUUAGAUCCGGCUGAAAGCAGUAUUUUAACGAAAAAGUAAGAGGUUUAAAAAUAUUUACACGUAUUCAUGAAUACUAUUACAAUAUGAAACAAAAUAACACAAUAUUAUCACACUUGAUUAUUAUUAUCUAAUAAAUAAAAAAAAAAAACUAUAGGGUUACCUGCCUAUACCUACUUAUAUUUAUUUUCAAAAUUCAAUAAAAAUGAUGAUUUACCUUUCGUAUAGAUAAACGAAUCGCCCAACUUGAUAUUAUUAUAAUUGCGUAAAGAAAAUUAAACUGACAAUUUUGUUAAUCGCGUGAAUCAAUACAUUACACGUUUCUUAACUUUUUACAAAAAUGCAUGAGAAAAAGUAAAAAAUAUGUAUAUACUUAUAUUUAUUAUAAUGUUUAAAGUAAAACGAUUGUUAUUUUUGUGUGAUAAAAAUAUUCGCUAUUACCUAUACUUAAAAUCAUAGAUAUUCAGAAGAAAAAUUGGUAGACAUUUUCAUUUUAAGCUCACGAUUAACGUCUAAGCACUUUAAAUUAUUAUUUGUUUACGUUAAUCGAUAAACACUUAACAAUAUAAUAUUUUAUCACUCAUUUAAGUUAUGUAUGCAAAUUAACGGUUGGCUUUAUGAUAAUGAGUAAUAAUUUAAAACUAAAAAAAAAAAACCUUUUAUAAAUAAAAAAACUAAAAGAAAAAUAGGGUAUCUAAUAGUUUAUAAAAUACAAACUUCGUAUAAUGUUCUAUUUAUUCUAAGGGUGGGCCGAUAUCACUUUUUACCGAUACUCGAUAUUCCGGUAUGUGUUACAAAUAUAUUUUUUAGUGCAUUUUUUCAUAUUCCAUAGACAUUAUAUAGACGUUUUUCUCUGAAAAUAUCGGUUUUGAAAAAAAAUAUAAUAAUAGUUCCCAUAUCGACGAAACCAAUUCGAGUAUAUUGGUUUAUGUACCGGCCAACCUAUAGUUUAUUUUGAAUACACCCAAUUUUACGCAAUACAAUAUAAAUAAUGGAGUAUUUUAUAAACCCAAUAACAAUAAUAAUAAUUGCAAUGUCGAUAUAAUGAUGUACUGAUUGCGUUGUUUAUUUGAAUGUAUAUAGAUUAUUAGGAACGUUUCCGAACACGUACACGCUAACGAAAUUGCUCGCUGAACAAAUAAUUAAUGACGAGCGGAAUAACUUACCAUUGGUUUUAUUCAGACCGUCAAUCGGUGAGUUGAAUAAUUGAAUUCAUUUAAAUAAUUUUAGACAUCUGAAUGUAAUUAUAUAUUAAAAAUGGUGCACAAUCCAAGUAAAUCGUGCGAAAUGCUUUCAUACAAUACUCGCUUUAUUCCAUGUCCAGAGACGUCCCUGGAUAGUAUCCAAAUCGCUCCAUCUUUUCGGUGAAAUAUUUGUGCCUAAUAACUGUUGGCGGUCGAAACUUACCUAUCUUGAUCACAUAUACAAAGGUAUAAGCCCUACACAGUCGUCGCUUCCGAAUGCUCAAAAAAUUGGUUUUAAUCAACGAACAAACAAAAUUAAAUAUACACGUGUGGGUUCCAACUCUGGGGUAAUGAUGAAAAAUCAAUCGCAAAUAAAAGUCAACAUUACCGAAAUAUCAGCCUCUGUAAAAUUACUACGUCCACACAUACCCGAAAAUUGGAACAAUACAUGAAGAAUCAGUAACCUUUUAUAAAAACAAUUCAACAACAGACUCCAACCUGACCUCUCUACAAUUUUAUUCCGAUGAACCCCCGAGACGGCUAAUACGGAAACGAUGGUGCCGUGAUUCAUUAAACGAUGGUAGAUGAGCUCUAUAAAAAAAAAGUCGAAUAAAAGGAUGUUGCCACUGCCCGCGACAGGGUGACUUCUUUUGAUACACAGUAUCAUCACAUAUAUUCUUACUGUUCUCUAUAGCAUGAGCGUGCUUACGUGAGGCGAUCAUGUAUCCAACCCUGUAGGGAAUAAAUUUUGCAUCUAUCAUGAAAACAAAUUAAUAUAUUAUAUGUAUUAGCUACGUCCUAUAUAGUGUAUACGAGUGUACCUUCAUUAAAAUAAAUAUGAAAACAAAUUUGAAACAUCAACAAAUAACUGGGUACAGUAUACAACGCUUUGAUACAAUUACGACUUCGGAUCGAUAAUGAAUGAAUUAUUUUGCAUAAUAUGCAAAUAAAUACAUUAAAACUAAAUCGAUAGUGUAUUUUUGAAAUAAAAUAUUAUAUAUUCAUGCUAUCCCGUAUGCAACACGAAUACCUAUUAGUAUAAUAAUAAUAAUAAUAAUACUUUUUUAUCCUUUUUUAUACUACUUGAUUAUCCUUAAUCCUUAUUUCGAACUUCAACAUUAUUCUAGAAUACAGAUUCAAAAAUUACAUAUUAUUGAUCAAAACAUAUAACAGGUAUUAUAUAGUAUUAAUGAACUAAAAUAUCAAUAAUGAAGAUAGUAACGUGUGGAGAUUCUUCACUGAAGAAUAAAUCGGUCAUAAUGGGUGAACUUAACUACAGCACUUUAUUCAAAUUGAAAUAAAAAUUAGUGUAGGAUAAUAUAAACUGUACGUUGAUUACCUACUAAAAAUAAUUGCCAUUUUUAGAUAAUUCUAAUAUAUGAUAGGUAAUUUAAAAUGACUCGGUGUCUAUAAACAAUGUUUUUAGAAAAGCUAAAUUUAUUUAAUAUUAUUGGUUUCUUUUUUUUAAGUAGACCAUUUUUAAAACGUAACAUUGAAAGAACAAUUUUUUUAGUGCUAGGUAAAAACCAAUAUUAAUUGUGUGUUGACAUAUAAUUAAUAAAACACGUACGUUCGGUUUUAUACUAAUCAAUAGUGUUUGUUUUGUUAGACGACGACCUUAAAAAUAGUUUAUACUAAAUUUCAUAUACGUAAAAAAAAAAGCAUAUGCGGCAAAAUAAAUUUAAAAAAUCAAAACAAUUUAGUAUUCGAUUCUACUAUAAACAAUAGCAUGUAGGUAUACAAAAUAUAUAAUGAUUCAAUUUUUGUUCGCGUUUUUAAUAUGUUGUACAAAAUAAUAUUGAAUAGACAAUAUUAUAAAAUAUUAAGCUAAAAUCAUUUUUUAUAUUCUGUUGGGCAAUAUGUGUGUGUUCUUUAUUUAUACUUACUUAAUAAAAAAUAAAACUAAUUGAGAAACAUACGAUUUAUAAUAUCUAAAUUUUGAAUAAUAUUUAACCGGGCCUCCCUGUAUACUCUCUUAAUUAAACAUAAUAAUAUGUAUAAAAUUUUACCGGCAGUAAAAGUUAUUACCUAAUAACUUCAAACAUAUUAUAUUUGUUUAACGUCUUGUAAAAAUAAAUUCGUUUAUUUAGUAACACAAAGCCUGAUACAACUAAGGUACCUAUAAUAGGUAUACUAUACCUACUAUAAAUAUACUCUACUACUAAUAUACUAUAAUAUACUUAUAAUAUAUUAGUAUAAUAUUAAAUAUAAACUAAGGUAUAAUAUCUAGUUUAUUAUUUGUCGAUUUUUUAAGGGAGAAGGAUGUUUUUUUUAAAUUUGUGCACCUCUAUAAGCCCCUCAAACGAAUUCCGAGGAUACACUUUUAUUUAUAUCUAUAUGCAUAGUGUGAAUCUCGUGGAUGUGCCUAUUGGGAGUUUCAACUUUCAGCGCCACCCUCAUUAUCUGUUUGUAUGUAACUUUCGAAAACUACUUUACGUAUUUGAUAAAAUUAUUUUUGUUCGAUUCUUUAUCAUUACCAAAAAGUUAUAAGAUAUAUAAUUUAUAUACCUGAAAGAGAUGAAAGGUAAUAGAUCAUGAAAUAAGGCGGGGGGGGGGAGAAUAAACUUAGAUAAUGGGUGUCUAGCGUACAAAAAUCGUAUAAAAUACAAAUUUAAUUUAGUUAAUUACUUACCUAUGUAUCAUAAUUAAUAUAAAACUAUUAAUAUAAGUAAGCAACUCUAGCCACCAUAAUUAUUUUAGUCAUAAAAAACAAUCAUAAAAAAAAAAAAAAAAAAAAAAGGUGUCCAAGGAAAAUUGGGCUGGACAUUUUUAUAAGUAAUUUAAUGUAUAUCUGUAUCAAUAUAUCAAUGAUUAACCAUUGCUAACAAUUCUUCUUCAAUAAUAUUUGUUUAUUAUUGUACCUAUUUUCUCGGUUUUUCCCAUGUAUUGGGAAAACUGAGAAAAUCAAAAAAUGACCUAGUAUCACCCCAGUCAGAUUUCCUUUCAGGAAAAUCAAUUUGCUACACUUGUAAAUUGGAGCAAGAUUUCUGGUAGAAAAGUUGUUCGCGGAUAAAGAAAGACAUCAAUAUAAAACCAAUAAAUUCCCCGCCCCGCUCAGAAUCUUAAAUGAAAUAAUAUUGUAACGGCAACAAGUCGUCUGAGAAAAAAUUUAACUCUGGUUGCGGAGCUCUUUUGCAAAUGGGUAUUUUUUUUAUAAGGUCAUAAAUUAUGAUAAAUUGUUAUUCUUUGACAUUGUUCUGAUACUUAUCACUUAUGUAAAUAUACUUAUUACCUUUUAUAUACAAUUGGUACCUAUUGUAUAUUUAAAUUAUAAAUGUACAAAAUAACACAAGUUGAGUUGUUCGUUUAUCCGUUGAAUAAAAUAACAUUAAACAGUUGUAUACAAGUAUCCGGUAGACAGACAGUCUAAACAUAACUAAAUGUAUCAUAAUUGUAACUGAUAUAUAAUAAUAAUAAUAAAAAUUGCUGCACAAAACUAUAUAAACUACCGAAAUAGGCUACAGAAAUCACAAUUAAAUAGAAACUUAUAGAUACCUACCUAUUUGUUUGUUCGGCUACGAUCUUCAAGACCAACUAUGCAUACGUAUCCACCUCCAAAUAUCACGAUCCUUCGCAAAUUCAUAUCUGGUUGUACUUCUGUCACGCCAUUCAUACGCGGUCUUUCCACGGGUCUUUUACCGUUCAGAAUUUCCCAUAAAGUUAUCACCACUAAAUCGUCCUAUUUUCUCCAUACAUGACGUGAAAUGUUCACUUUUUGAUAAUUUUUACUAAUAUGUCUGGGAUGCUAAAUAACCUAGGUCUCUUUUAGCGCUGCGGUACAUCUUUUCCACUAUUCGCCCCUGUUUAUGGAUUAAGGCAUAUAACCCAAAUACAUUAUGACGUAUCAACACAAAAUUUGUUAUUAUGGUAACUAUUCAAAUACUAUUAUACUCGUAGUAUUAAUGUGCAUAAAUUUAAAAAUAAGUUAAUCGCGUUUAUCUGUAAACAAAAUAAUAUAUCAGCGUAUAAUCGAAACGGAAUGUAACGCUAUACAUAAUGAUAAAAAAAUAUAGGACACGACAUAAAAUUUAAAAUAAUUUUAUGUAUAGGUAUAGACUAUAAUAAUUAUCGAUAUAUUGUUUUAAGAAUACAUUAAUAGUUAUAUCAAAUAUAAAGAAUAAAUAAGACUGUAGAUAGGUGUCAUUGGAAAAUCAAAUGAAAUGUUGAGGUUUCGAGGGACUGAAUUGGCUUAUUUAUAUUAUAGGUUACCUAUAACAUUACUUACCUACCUAUUUGUUAUUCAUAUUUGAUGCAGGUACCUACUAACUUAAUAUCUAACAUGAUAUUCGUAAUUUCCUCUCCCCCUUGUAUUUUGGAUUAUACAAUAUUCAGUCAUUAUACUAUUUAUAACUCGACUCUUAAGUAUACCGUGAAUAAAUAUAAUAUAUUUAUUUUUGCAUAUACAAUUUUGUAUUAGUGUAGCCACAAUACAGGAUAAAAUGCUAUUAUAUUAUUUCUGAGUUUGUGUAAUAUGCGAACAAUAAUGUAUACAUAUAUUGACAAUACUAUAAUAAAUAAUGCUAUUUUUUUUUCGGUAUUUACAGUUAUAUCGUCGGCCAGCGAUCCUAUUAAAGGAUGGAUAGAUAACUUUAAUGGACCAAUUGGCCUUAUGGUGGCUUCUGGCAAAGGAGUGGUGCGAGUAACCUACGGUAAAAAAUCGAUUAUUCCGGAUUAUAUGGCAGUCGACAUAUCGAUAAAAUCAAUGAUUACAGCAGCUUGGUAUCGAACAGUAUCGAAGUAAUUAUUAUUAUUUUUUUUUUCAAUUAGUUUAAAUGUUUAAAAUACAAAUUUUGUAAAAAAGUAUUUUUAAUAUUGAUAAUGUACGGUAUUUAUAAAAAAUAUAAUUAUAUUAUUUUAUUAUAUCGUAUUAGGUACUAUACUUACAUCGAACCAUUUUACGUUUUACAGCUUACCGGGAGAUAAUUCGAUUGCAGUCUACAACAGCGCGUCCGUUUCGAAAUCAAUAUCGAAUGAGGAAUUAAUAACACUCGGUAUGAAAUGUUUAAAAGAAUACCCGUUCGAGGAAAUAUUAUGGUAUCCAUCUAUUAUUUUUACGAACUGCUUUUACUACUUUUAUAUCAUUUCUAUGUUGACUCAAGUUCUUCCAGCGAUUUGUCUUGAUAAAAUAAUGGAUUGGCUCGGAAAACCACACAGGUAUAAGCUAAUUGAUAACCUACUUAAUUAUAAUUAAUAAUAGAACAGAAUCUACUAAGAAUACAAAGUAUUUACUAAUAAUGAAUAUGCCACUGUUUUAGGAAGAAAGUAGGAUUUAUAGAGCAUUUAGUUUAUAUCUGUUAUACGCAACGAUAAAUCAUUACUAACGAAAAACGAUUCUAAACGGCGUUCGGUUAAACAUGUAUUGAAACGCCGCAAUUUCAGUUUAUUUCCAUUUAUUAAGAAAACUAAAUGGAAAAUUAAAAAUUGGCAUUCUUAAUUAUGCACCGACUAGAUAAAAAAUUGUACAAGAAAAAUCCUAAAAUGUUUUUGAUCGACGGAAGAUUUCUAGUAUAAGAGUUGUUUACGGACACAAAAACAAAAAUACAGAAUAACAUCAUAUAGUAAACAAAUACGCUUCACUCAAAAUCUAAAAUGAUAUUUUGAUUAAUUUUAAAAUUAACUUAUACAAUAGAUAACUCGUUAAUCUUCAAGAUUAGUAACAAUUUUUUUUCUUUUGUAAAUGUACACCCACCAACGCAAUGUCAUGACCUAGCAAAUUAUGGCGCACGAUAGUGGGUUGAUAGAUUUUUAGCGAUCCAACACCCCAAAAGAAAAGUAAAGUGAAGAAUUUUAAUUUUACUUUUGGUGUAUACUGUUGUAUACUGGCCUGUUAAUUAGUUUUCGACUAGUUUAAGUAUAUCUUACGCUAAUCAUCAACAUCAUGGAUGAUUUCUAGUAGCAAAAUUUUUUGGUCAGGGCAUUAAGACGGUCAAUUUUUAUUUUUCUUUGAAGUUUCCAUAGUAAAAGAAGGAAAACAUGAAAAUUUAAGCAAUAUUAUAUGCGUUUUAUGUGGAUAAAAUUUUUUUCGCCCAGUAAAAAUGAACAAAAAUUUAACACAAGAUUUAACAUAUACGUAGUACUGUAAAUAUUUUGAGCAUGAUGUCGUAUUAGAUUCUGCAAAGUAGAGCGAAGAUGCUUAUAGUUUUACAAAGAUGUUUAUUUUUCUGUGUACAACUUUUCUACCAGAGGAAUUGCUUCAAUUUUUACGUGUAGAACCUUUUCUCAAAGAAAAUCUGUGUGGGGAAGUCUUUUUUCGAUUUUCUCAUGAGUUUACCUAGCAAAUGUAAAAAACCAAGAAAAAACACGGAAAACCGGCAAAAAAAACGUAAGAAAAACGGGAAUAUCGGUACAUCAAACAAAUAUUAUUAAUGAUAAUAUGUAUUGCCUCUUUAAUUGUUUUACCAUAACAUACCAGACAUACAUUGUUGACAAAAAAAUCAUUAUGAACUGAAUUCCGCUCAGAAUCUUAUUUUCGUUAGCAAUGAUUAAUUGUUGCUAACAGAUAAUUUAAUACAUUAAAUUACUUAUAACAGUGGCUACACCUGUCUCCAUUAUCCUAGAACGACUUUUUUUUUUUGUUGACAUUGAUCCAUGUAUUAAGAAAUAGAUACAUAUUUAUGAUAACGGAAUGCGUAAUGAUAAUUUUAAUAAAAAAUAAAAUACGAGCUGUUUUUUGAGUUAUUGUGGGUAGCUGCUGGACAUUUAUUUUUUUUUUUUUAUAAGCGUUUAAGUUUAAAUUAAACCUUAUUUACUUAUUUAAUUUAAAAUGUAAAUAAUUGUAAUUACUAAUUAAUUUUGUAGUUACAAAUUAAUAAAAGGUUCAAUUUUAAUGUAUCAAAAAAUAUUAAUCGAACUUUGAACAGAAUUGUUUUACGUUUGCAAUGAUCUAUUGUUGCAUACAGUAAAUAAUAUUCAAAUUGAUUACCAUGUGUAUCUGAUUACAUUUCCUACUUCCCACCUACAACAGUGGGCUACCCAUAUGCAAUAUCCUGUUUGAGUAUCUCAGAGACAAUACACCCACAUAUUGAAAAAAAUAUAUGUAUAACCGUAUUAUUUUAUUGUACAGGCCUGUAUUUUCAGAGGUUAAUUUUGAACUUUUUUAUGUUUCUAUAUAAUUAUGGUAUUCACCAUUCAGUACAUAGGUACACACACCUUCCAUUACCCCCAUUAAUACAAAAAAGACGUCCAGUGAAACUCGACCGAAAAGCUAAGCUGACUGGAUAUAUUUUCAAAAUAAACUGCAACUGGUAUUUUUAAACAUUAUUCUGCAAGGUAUUGGUUAGGUGCUUUUCAAAAAUAGAAUUAGGUUAGACGUUCAUUAGUUAUAAGGUGUACAAAAUAAUACAACAGAGCACAAUUUACUUAAAAUGAUAUACAAAAUUAUCGAAAUAGUAGCAUUAAUUAUUUUACGCCUGUGAACCUACUUAUCAAAUCAUAAUUAAUUAUGCAAUCUCUACAUAUAGAUAUAUAAAAUAUUAAUAACAUUCGUUACUUUGUUGUGUUAUAGACGUCUAUUACCUAUACAACAAAAAAUCUAUGUGAUUACGAUGGCGUUGUCGUACUUUACUACACAAUCGUGGAAAUUCGAAAAUAAAAAUUUUUUAAAUCUAAUCGACAAAAUAUCGGAAGCGGAUCGCAAAGAAUUCAAUUACAACUUCGAAAAUAUUGAAGCUAUGGUAUUUUUAAAAAACGCAGCGGUCGGCGCACAAAAAUAUUUGUUCAAUAUCGACCACUCGAGAUUACCAAUUGCAAAACGAAAAAUGAAACGGUAAACAUUCCUUUAGUAUUAGAAAAUUAUUACCUACCAAACAAUUAAUAAUAAUAUAUGCGUAUUAUGUACUAAAAUCAGGACCGAUAUAAGGCGCAGGCUUAGGCUCAUCACGGCGGCAUCGCCGUCAUUUUUACGGGGCUGCGUUUUUUAAUUCAAUGAAUUGUAGUCUAAACUAAUGUCAAAUUUGAGUUUUUUAGUUCAGUAAACACGCUAAAAGAAUUAACAAAUCAGGUAACAGAAUUAUUUCCGAACAUUUAGGUAUCACAAUUAAUAAUAUAACAAAGAAAAAAGCAUUACCAAAUUAAAAUAAUAUUUAACAAAUCUCUGAAUAAUGCUUAUAAGGGGUUAAAGCAAGAAUAAUACAUAUUUAAAUACUAUUAUUGUAGUUUGUUAAUUUUUUUUUUGGAAAACAUUUUCGGUUAGUAAAAAUGUUCCGAUUUGAUCGUGUUAUACAUUAAUAGAUUUUUUACAUACUUUCAAAAUUACAAGUAAACUUUUUUCAAAAGAAUUACUUUUUAUGUAUUGUUUUAAAACACUUAUUCGGUGUGUAAAAUUCUCCAGUUUUUUAUGCUUUAAAAGAUGCAAAAUUUCCACCCGAUGGUAUUUUACUUGAUCGGUUUUUCUAGAUUUCAAAACGUUUUAUUUAAAUAACUUUUAAAACCUGACUGUAAAUGACGAUACAUACGUUUUACCGGCUUACCGAACUCUGUUUAGAAUCGAGUUUUAGUUACUAUGAUUUUUCGUUGCUUUCAGUAUACAAACUAAAUUACGGUAUAUCCCAUAUUUUCCAAAUUUACGGCCAAUAACAGUACUUUACUCAUGGUGCGAAAUGUAUAUUCCGGCUAUUUAAACAUGUACGUUCACUAUUUAAUUUGAACAUUCAGAUAUGUGUAUCAAUGCACGUUAUAAAACAUUGUAAAAUAUAAUUAAAUGGCUAUUGUGUUAACAAUAAUAAUUGACAGAAAUACCUUAUUGUAUCAAUUUGAAAUUUCUACGAUUAUUUAUCGUAGAAAAACAAGAAUGGCAUAUAUUAGCUGAAUGUAAUUUUAGAUCAAGCCUCUGUCGAUAUAGGUAUGUAUAUUACCAAUUAUAAGUCCAAUUACCUAUUUUAUUCGAACGAGGACGAGGGAACUUUUAAAUGUUAAAACAAUUCAAAAGUUUCGAUGGCUUUUUUUUUUGCUCUUUAAUAAUUAUUCCCCUCCCACCGGAAAUUCUAUCGGUUUAUAUUAUAAUAUAGAACCGAUAAAAUGAUCUUGCCCACGCGUACAAAUUACUAACGUCGGUCCUGAAUCGUAAUAUUGUCGAUUCAUUAGCACCAUAAUAUUAUUAUAUGGUUAAAUAAAUUACAUUUCUAAUUUUCAGAUACAUGUGGAUUAACCGGAUUGUAAAAACGAUGGGUUUAAUAGUACUAGUACUAGUUUUAAUACGAUUUAACAUCAUACCGAGCGCAUUGCUCCGUAGUAUAUGUUGUUUCAAAUCAAUUAUUACUUAA